UGCAGCGCGCAGCCUCGCCGGUUUGCCUAAUCUUCCACCACUUCUACUGAAUCGUAGAAACAUCGAGUGAUCGGAUCUCACGACACAUCGAACCCCUGUCGAUCUUCGAAAUUGCUAAGAAUAUUUUAGCAAAUUUUAAGCAAAUCGAGCAAUUCUUUGUCCUCCACAAAUUAAUAACGAAAGGAGAAAUGAUUCGAAACUGGUCUCUAUCAGCUGGAAAUCACGAAAGUUACUCGAAUCGCGAGAAGAAAGUUUGAUAGCGAGUCGGUCGAAAUAACAGAAACAAGAUACCAGGCGUUGUAUCUAAUCUCGACUAAGAAGAAACGUCCGUCAGAGUGCAACGAGAGUAAAUAUUACAGAACUGGGGGGAACUUUCGGUGUAUCGAUGAUGGUCGACUAUUAAUACUGCCCAGUUGUUAGCUGUAACACGCAGCAUCGUGUCUGUUCGAUAAAUAAACGGUGUUUUCCAUUUGAUCGGCUUGCCUGUUCGCCAAUUCGACCAAUCAACGAUACGAUUCUGUGUCUGUGUUGUGCGCUCUUCUUUUUCUUUCCUUCUUCUCAAUAUUAUAUUCGGUGAUCUUGAAAAAACACGGCCUUCGUGCGUUAAACGAAAGGCAUUCGACAAAAGGAUGGGCCUGUUCCUGUUGUUUCUCGCGUUGAACGUUUUGUUCGCGACUGCAUACAAGAACGAAUAUUGCCAGAGACGAACGGACGAUCAAGUUAUCUGGGAGUACGAUGUGAGGAGAUCGUAUAGGAUCGGUGCAUAUCAAGAAGUCGAGGCAGAGUACGGGCCCACGAGUGCAACGAUCACGUGCAUAGGAGUCGAUUCGUUAUCUGACGAGAACAACGGAGCCAUGUGGGUUACUUCCGGCGGUAUAGGAUAUAAUUUUAUCAAGAUUAAGUUCAGGUCGAAAUACUCCAGAGGACUUCAUUACCGAGUCUACGUUUAUGGGAAACCACAUUUGAAAAUAUGAUCUUUAAUUUAUACGCAUCUUUGUAAUUAUCAUUAUUUAUGAUUUACAUAUAUUUGAAAAUUUAUCUUGAAAUUAUUGUCUCGCAUCCUUUAGAAAAAAGAAAAAAUAAUGAAAUUGCACUUUUGAAAUUA